AUGUCAAAGAUUAAAACGUUUGACAAUCAAAAUAGGCUGCCGAAGCUUCCCGUUCCUAAACUUGACGAAACAACCUCAAGAUAUCUUCGCACUCUUCUUCCUUUACUUUCUGCAGAAGAUUUCGCACGUAAUGAAGCCUACGUUAAGGACUUUUUGAAACCGGGCGGACUUGGAAAUCUGCUUCAACAACGCUUAAUCGACCUUGACCGAGGUUCUCCUUAUAACUGGCUGGACGACAACUUUUGGACCCAAAAGGCGUAUCAAGAGUGGAGGGUACCUUUGAUUGUAAAUUCUAACUGGUACCUCUUAUUUAUUGACGACAAGAAUACUCCUAAAGAAUAUUUAUCAAAAAAUAAUAAUGGGGUUCCUCCGCGUGGAGAAUUUUCUGAAUUUCAAGUGAAAAGAGCCGCUCACUUAAUUUGGAAAAUCGAAAAUCUUUCACCUGAGGCAACUCGUGCACAUCCCUUGUGCAUGCAUCAAUACAGACGUUGCUAUGGCGUUACUCGUAUACCACAGCACGGAAGUGAUUCCUUUUUUUAUGCACCUCACCCAUUUCCAGGAAAAACUGUAUUAAUCAUCGCCAAAGCACAAUUUUAUCUUAUUGAGGUCUACGAUCAAAAUGGUCAAAUUUUGAGCGAGGGUGAUAUUGAAAAGCAGCUAAAUGAUAUAAUCAAAGACUUACGUAACAUGAACACAGAGCUGGAUUUGCCUGUUGGGGUUCUUACAGCAGACGAUCGAGAUAAAUGGACUGUUGCGCGUGAACAUUUACUGACAUUAUCACCACAAAAUCGGGAAACUCUGAAUAAAAUAGAAGAUUCAUUGUUUGCAAUUAGCCUGGACGAUUACGCCACCGGCCUAGAUCUCGAUCUAUGGACUCGAAAUAUCUUACACGGUUUUAAUGGUCACAAUCGGUGGUUCGAUAAAGCUAUGUCUAUUAUCGUAGAAAGCAACGGACGUGCAGCAAUGAAUGGCGAACAUUCCCCAUGUGACGCGCUUAUACCGUCCAAUAUAGCCGACUAUACUCUUAAAGAUUCCACACUGCUGUCUGCAAAACUUUCCGGGCGUCCUAUCCCGCCACCCGAACGAAUACGAUUUGUUACUAACAAUCAAACCAAGUCUUUUAUUCGAGAAGCGGAAAAUAGGAUUAAACCAAUUAUUGAAGAUUCGGAUACUGUGAUGUUACACUAUUAUGAAUACGGUGCUGAUUUUAUCAAGAGAACUGGCAAAUCUUCACCAGAUGCCUAUAUUCAAAUGGUUCUUCAACUUGCCUAUUAUAAAUUGCACAGAAAAGUUUGUGCCACAUAUGAGACUGGCUCAACUCGAAAAUAUAAGCAUGGCCGCACAGAGACUAUAAGAACACUUAGUGUGGAAUCCAAAGCAUUUGUAGAAGGCAUGGUGAACGAUAGUUUAUCGGCACAAGAAAAAUAUAAUCUUCUUCAAACAGCGACUAAAGCACACUCUGCUUACACGUACGAUGCAUCAGACGGUCGUGGUUGUGACCGUCAUCUGUUAGGUCUUCGACUUUCACUAAAGGGGGACGAGUCUCAUCCUUUGUUUAGUGAUCCGGCGUUUGCGAAAAGUCAAGAAUGGUUACUAAGCACAAGCGGGUUAAGCGCCGGCGAUCGAUUUAAUGGCAGUGGAUUCGGAUGCGUAUAUCCAGAUGGCUAUGGUAUUAAUUAUCAACCGGGCAAUUACGUAUUAAAGUUUGGAAUAGAGUCUAAAAAAUCUUCGACUCAGACAGAUUCAAACUCAUUUAGGGAAAGUGUGAAAAAUGCAUUAAAAGAAAUGAGUGACAUUUGCGAAAAAGUUAACGGGAGAUAUGUAAAACAGCAAAAAAUAUAA